CUUCUUCAUCUCUCUUUUAUUCUUCUUCUUCUUUCUUCUUCCGUCUGCUUCGGACAAGCCGGCAAUGGCGGAGCAAAGCUUAACGUUAAGUUCUAUGAACAAUCAUGUCCAAAGGUUGAAGAAAUAGUUCGGAAAGGCAUGGCCGAAGCUGUGUCUCAGAAUCCAAGAUGGGCUGCUUCAAUCCUCAGGCUCCAUUUUCAUGACUGCUUCGUGAAGGGUUGUGAUGGAUCGGUAUUAUUGGAUAGCAGUGGCUCAUUCUUAAGCGAGAAGCGAUCGAACUCGAAUCGUGACUCAGCGAGAGGUUUCAAGAUAAUUGAUAAAAUCAAAGCUGCGGUGGAGAAAGCUUGCCCAAACACUGUGUCUUGUGCAGAUAUCUUGGCUCUUGCUGCCAGGGAUGGAACCGUUCUAAGAGGAGGACCAAAUUGGGUGGUUCCAUUGGGGAGGAGGGACUCCAUAAGUGCAAGUUUGAGUGGCUCCAACAAUGACAUUCCACAGCCAAAUAAUACACUCAGCACAAUUAUCACCAAGUUCAAGAGACAAGGACUCAAUGUGGUUGAUGUUGUUGCCCUCUCAGGAAGCCACACGAUCGGAAAAUCACGGUGCACCAGCUUCCGACAACGACUGUACAACCAGACCGGGAACGGCCUGCCCGACAUCACAUUGGACCAAACUUAUGCGGCUAAUUUACGAACCGCCUGCCCGCGAUCAGGCGGCGACCAGACCAUUUUCUCCCUAGACUUCACCACCCCUGCAACAUUCGAUAAUCAGUACUUCAAAAACCUCAUAGCCAACAAAGGUCUUCUCAGCUCUGAUGAGGUUCUCUUCACAGGCAGCAAUGUCACCAUGGAACUUGUGACAAAAUUUGCAGAGAGUAAUGAUCAAUUCUUCGUGCAGUAUUCGAAGUCUAUAGUUAAGAUGGGUAAUAUUUCUCCUCUGGUUGGCUCCCAUGGUGAAAUUAGGAAGAUUUGUCGAAGGGUUAAUCAUUAAUUACUAGGAAUUGUUACGUACAGAUCAUCUGAAAUAUUGAUAUUUAUCGAACUAAUGAGAAUUUGAUAAAAAUGUAAAAAAAUGGGUUGGGAUUUUACGACGAAGUUUGCUAUUUGAGGGAGGAUUUGAAAAAAUGGUGAAAGAGAGUCGGUUUGUUAUGUAAAUAACAAGUUUCGGAUGGUCUGUAUGCAAAUGGCUCUUUAUCAUUAAUGUUGUAUUUGGUGU